CCACAAUAACCUCAACCUCAAACCCAAGUUCAAACACUUUAAACACUUCAAGCCCAAAUCCACUAUCGAAAUGUCUGCCUCCGCCGACUCCACUUCUCCCGUGUGGUUCAUCACCGGUUGUUCCUCCGGCUUCGGCACCAAGCUAGCCCUGCUCGCCCUCCACGCCGGCCACCGAGUCAUUGACACCUCCCGCAAUCCCUCCAAGACUCCCGAGCUCGUCUCCAGAGUUGAAUCUCUGGGUGGGAAGUGGUUGACCCUGGACGUGAUCUUACCCAACGCCCCCUCGGUAGUCCGCUCGGCUCUGAAGAUCUACGGGCACAUCGACUACUUCAUCAACAACGCCGGCUACUCCCUUCUCGGAGCUGUGGAGGACUUGGGCGAGGAGGAAUACCACGUCAACUUAUUUGCGCCGCUGAAGCUGAUCCAAACCAUUAUUCCGUUGAUGUGCGAGUGUAAGAGCGGCAUAAUUGUCAACUUCAGUAGCAUUGCUGGUCUUGAUGGAAUUGCCACUUGCGGAUUGUAUUCCGCUUCGAGGUUUGCUCUUGAAGGCAUGUCCGAAUCCCUCGCCCUUGAACUUGCCCCCUUCGGCAUCUGUGUUCUCAUCGUCGAGCCGGGUGCUUUCCGCUCCAACUUCCUGGGCGCAUACAUCAAGCCGGCGAUUGGAAUGUCGGAUGCCUACAAGGGCACAGCGGUGGAGACGCAGAUGGACUCUUUUGCUGGAUGGAGCGGCAAGCAGCCGGGAAAUGUGGCUGUGGGCUGCCAGAGGAUCUUUGAGGUCAUCACUGAUACCGGAAUGGGCAGGGGUAUGGAGAAGUAUUUGAGGCUGGGAUUGGGGAGCGAUUGGGCUUCGAGGGGGGAGGGAAAGAUUAGGUCCCUCGUGGAGACGAAGGAGGCGCUGGAGCCUAUCUGGAAGAGUACCGAUUAUAAGGAUGAGUAG